AUGUUUAACGCGUCAAGCUUUAAAAUCACGCAAGAUGAUACUUCUCUGACUACCAGUUUCCAUGAGGAUAUCCCUGCCGUCCAACCUCCUCAGCCUAAGAGAAGGCGUGUGUUGAAAAAAAGUGAGAAUAAGGAACUUAUAAAAAAUGGAUUGAGUACAAGCGCUUUGCCCGAUUCCUUCCAAUCCUUUUUCCGUUUCAGAGAAUUUAACAAGAUGCAAUCUGAGGCAUUCCCAGACCUUUACGAAACUGAUAUGAAUUGUGUGAUAUCUUCACCGACAGGCUCUGGUAAAACUGUGCUAUUUGAACUGGCCAUUAUGAGGCUUAUAAAGGAAACCGGUGAUGCAAUCGAUAAUAUUAAGAUUCUUUACGUGGCUCCGACAAAGUCGUUAUGCUGCGAAAGAUUGAAGAGUUGGGGCCCCAAUUUUUUGAAUUUAACAGUAGGAAUGCUUACAAGUGACACUUCAUAUUUGGAGACUGAAAAAGUGAGAAAAUGUAAUAUUAUCAUAACAACACCGGAAAAGUGGGAUCUAUUGACCCGGAAGUGGAAAGCCUAUAACCGCCUAUUUGAAUUGGUGAAAUUGAUUCUCGUAGACGAAAUUCAUACUUUGAGAGAAAGAAGAGGUGCUACUUUGGAGGUGGUCCUAACGAGAAUGAAUAUAAUGUGUCAAAGUAUAAGGAUAAUUGCUAUAAGUGCAACUAUACCCAACGUGGAAGAUAUAUCAUCUUGGCUGAGAUCUAAGGAUACCCAAGAGAGGGCAAAAAUCUUAAAAUUUGACGAUAGCUAUAGACAGGUACCGCUUCAAAAAAUUGUUUAUGGGUAUUCCUUUUACAAUAAGAACGACUUCUUCUACGACAGCAUGUACAAUUCUAAGUUAGAUGAAAUUCUCCGAAUGCAUAGUAAAAACCGACCAGUACUCAUUUUUUGCCCUACCAGAGCCUCGACGGUUUCCACUGCCAAAUAUGUGGUUCAAAAUUGCUUUCAUUUGGCACCCGGUUCAGAUCGAAAUGCUGAUGAACAAUUUCAUGAUCAGGGUCUUUUAGAAUGCUACCAUCAAAACGUGGCAUUCCACCAUGCUGGGUUAUCAAUUGAAGACAGGACAAAGGUUGAACAGGGGUUCUUAGAGGGCAAGAUCAAAAUAUUGUGUUCUACAUCCACGUUGGCAAUUGGUGUGAAUUUACCAGCAUAUCUGGUCAUUAUUAAAGGAACAAGGAUAUGGAACACCUCAGCGGCACAGGAAUAUCCUCAGUUGGAUGUACUUCAAAUGAUUGGAAGAGCUGGGAGACCUGAUUUUGAGAAUGAAGGAUGCGCAAUAAUAAUGACAGAUUCCAAAAUGAAGCAAACAUACGAGAAGAUGCUUCAUGGGACAGAUAAUUUAGAAAGCUCUUUACACUUAGAAUUGACGGAACACCUUUCUGCCGAGAUUUCUUUGGGAACCAUUUCCUCAACAGAGACUGCAGUAAAUUGGCUUCGUAAUACCUUCUUUUAUGUGCGGUUCAGUAGAAACCCAGAUGUAUAUGGUAAGAUUACAAAAUUUAUGGAUCAUAUUAAUGUGCAAGAUUCGCAACUUGUACAAUUUUGUGAAGGUAUAUUACAAAAUCUGCUGCUGAACCAAAUCAUAGAGAAACAGGACGACCGCUUAAUUUGUACACCAUACGGAUAUGCUAUGGUCCGUCAUUACGUCCUAUUUGAUAGCACUAAAAUCUUUAUCAACGCACCAAAGUCCCAAUCAGUUCAGAAUAUUUUACGUCUGCUAUCAGGAUCUAAAGAAUUUACAGAUAUAAGAAUUAGGCACAAUGAGAAGCGGUUAUACAAAGAGAUUAACUCUUCACCUCUAACCAAGUUCCCUUUUUUAACAGAGAAGAAACAAAGCCAAAUAAUUGAUACAACGUUUCAGAAAGUAUCUCUUCUGAUUCAGUAUGAAUUGGGUGGUUUAGAAUUUCCCUCGUACCAAGGAGCAUCCAAGUUACACCAAACACUGGUGCAAGACAAGGCAUUAGUUUUUCGAAACUGUUUCCGCAUUUUAAAAUGCAUGGUGGAUGCAUUUAUUGAAAGAAAGGAUGGCAUAUCGCUAAAGAAUACACUUUUUCUGCUGAGAUCAGUUAAUGGGAACUGCUGGGAAGAUUCUACUAUGGUUCUACGGCAGUUGAAAUCUAUCGGGUUAGUCUCCGUAAGAAAAUUGGUCCAUCACGAUGUUAAUAAUCUAGAACAGAUGCGGCAAAUAUCCGAUCAACAAAUCGAAUACUAUCUUGGCCAAAAGAGGGGUUCGGGUUCUAAAAUCAAGAGAGACUUGACCUUGUUACCUCAAUUGCAAGUUAGGUGUAAAUUGGAAUAUUGUUCACAUAAGGGUCACCAAUUGGAAGUCACUCUGAAAAUUGAACUAAGCGCUCAGUUUGAGACUUCAAUAUGGCACGGCCAGGGAUUGUCACUUGAUAUCCAAACUCUGAAAUCAACAGGAGAGCUGUUAGACUUUAGGCGCUUAAAGUUGGCACAUUUAAAGACCCCCCGUAGCUUUAGAAUACUCACAAUGAUGCAGUUACAAUCAGAUAGUAUUGAGAUUAGCAUCAAUUGUCUUGAAGUGGCGGGUAUCGGAAAAAGUAUUCAAUUUUCUACAAAAGACCUACCCCAAAAAUUCCAUGAAACGCCGCCAGUCAAGUCUUAUGCGACGGUUUUGGACAAGUGCUUAAUCCAUUCAGACAGCGAAUCCGAUUUGGAAGACAGUUCACUAUCUUCAGAUGACUGCCUUUUCCAGUACCUAGACAAAAAUCCAAUUAACCGUCAAAUCAAUAAAGAAGAUGUGCCUGACAAUAGGCGAGUAAGAUCUAAUGGCAAUUUUGAAUGCAAUCAUGCUUGCAAGGAUAAAAGCCAUUGUAGACACCUUUGCUGCAAGGAGGGCAUACCGAAGGAAUUGUUACGUUCUAAACGAGCAGCGUCCACAAACCAUCCUGCCCCAGAUUCUUUUCGAGCUCCGCAGCAGUCAGUUGACGUCAUUCCUACGAGUGAUAUCAAAGAGGCUCUUGAAAGCGAUAGCUCUUUAGAAGAAAUUAUCCCCUUUCAACCUGAGACAAAACGGUUUAAUUCUACUUUUGAAUAUGGCCUUCAGUCUGUUCACAAUUCUACCAAACCCACUACUUGCGCUGAUCCUAACGUCACCAAUGCCGGCGCUAUGAUGCCGCAAUCAUUAAACUCAAUUGCACUUCCAAGUGGCAGUUCAGAUUCUAACGAAACAGAUCAUACGAGGCUGGCCUUCUUAGGAUCGGAUGUCGAUCUCAACUAG